AUGCCGCCACAUGAUCCGGAUUCAACAGUAGUCAACGCGUUCGCGGUGCCGACGCGCCUUGCCUCCGUUCAUGAUCUUCGGGCGUGUAAACGCGUUGUCUCCGAGGUGAGGGCUUCGUGA